AUGCCUCCGCAAAUUAUCCACCUGCCGGACGGGCAAAAGUUUACAGUCACACCUGUCUUCGCAGGCCUCUUCUUCAAGUCGCACGAGCUGAACACGCAUAAGAACCCCUUCCCCAUCGGUUGGACUAUUGUUCUCAACACCGAGGAUAACGAAGCCGAGUUCAACCAUGUCGAUGGCGACCAGAGCGAGGAGGAGCGCGCCCAGGCGCGCCGGCGUCACGUACACAGCUUCAAGCAGCCUACCCUACAGAACGACAACCUCUUCAUAUCGUCGAUAUCGCAACCCUCGAGCGCCGAAUUCAAGCCCGCCGCUAGCCCAACCCGCCAGAUCGCCAUGAUGCUCUGGGUCACGCUCUACUGGUAUUUCCACCAGCCCCAGCCGUCACCCUACCUUACGACCGACGCAUCCAGAUUCACACCCGAGGAAGCACGACCGAAGGGCGAGUGGCGCAUCAACAUCAGGCGUGAUGGUGUGUUGCGCGGCAGGAAUCUGAUACCGAAGCUAGAACGCAUGGGUUUGAUUGCUUCGCUGGACUCUGCAGUUGGAACAAACCUUGAGGACAAUGGCGAAGAAUGGUCGCAGAUGUUUGUUUCGCGUCGUAUGUUCUGGCAGAUACCGGGACGGCUGUUCUUGUUUACACUGCAGCGCACAAGUACCGCAUCAUCCUAUCCCGAGUCUCCGGCUGGCAGCCGCCCGACUUCACCAGCUCGUACCGAGUCAAUCCAUUCGAAGCAUCCCACGCCCAUCCACUCCCCGCACCAGUCAACAGGGAGUCGUGUCGAUAUCGACGUGCCGGGAGGGCCACCGCCGAUGUCCAUGGUCACCACUCCAAACUUCCCAAUCGGCCCAUUCUACUCAAGCUCCCAUCUCCCGACGUACUACCCGCCGGCACCGUUGAUGUAUACCGUUACGAACGGCGUCCGGCAUCCCAUACGCCGGAAGCCAGGUCGGAUGGGCGAAGUCUUCUACUCCCGGUUCGUGCCAAGCGUGGGACAGUAUCUGUCCUUCCGGGUCGCGUCUCUUGCACCGGAAGCAGUUCCUUACCUCGGCCCCGUUGGCCCGAAGCCCGCCGAGAACAGCCAUCUCACGACGCUCUCCGAUACGGCUCUCCUACAGUCAUGGAUGUCGAACCCGCGCGUCCAAAAGUUUUGGGGAGACUAUACGCCGGACUUUUUGAGCAAAGUUCUUAGCUUGAAGCACUCUUUCCCGGUCAUUGGUAUGUGGGACGGGGUGCCGUUUGGGUACUUCGAGAUUUACUGGGUCAAGGAGGACAUACUCGGCCAAAAGCUGGGCAGCGACGCCGGGGACUACGACCGCGGCAUCCACGUCUUUGUUGGUGAAGAGUGGGCCCGCGGCCGCGUGCCGGCGUGGCUGUCCAGCCUAGUGCACUGGUGUCUUACGGAUGACUACCGUACGAUGCACGGCAGCCACAGAUUCCUUGAGCAUUUGCAAAAAGCCGGCUUUGCCAAGGAGCGAGAGGUUGCGUUCCCCCACAAGCAGUCUUACCUGAUGAAGCUGAACAGAGACGCGUGGGAGGGGCCGGGUUUGUGA